UGCGCGGCUCUAUUGUCUUCGCGGCAGCCGCGCGGAGGGCUGGUGGAGCGACGGCGAGGCGGGAGCCCACCGGCGGCUGCCCCUCGGACCCAAGGCAGCCUCGCCGGCCGGCCGGGCGUACGCCGGCCCCGCGUCGCAGGGGCGGCUGAAGGGCGCGCCUGGAGCGGCUGCAGGAGCGCGGGCCCGGGCGCCGCCUGGAUGCGGAGCGGCGGCGGCGGCGCGAGAGGGCUCGAGCGCAGCGGCGGCGGCGGCGGCGGCUCUCCCUUCCGCGGGGCGGGCCCCGAAGGCGGGGCGGCGCCGGCCCUGCUGCCUUGCCGCCGUGGAUGAGCCCGGGAGGCGCGGCGGGCCGCCCGGCGGGGCGCGGCGGCGGCGGCGGCGCGGCGCGAAGGAAGCGGAGGCGGGGCUGCGGCAGCGGCAGCGCCGGCGGCGGCGUCCCGGCGAGGAUGCCCGGCUCCGGGGGCGCCGCUAGCGCCUAGGGCUCGCCUGCCUGCCCGCCCCCUCCGCGCGCUCGGCAUGGGCGGCAAGCAGAGCACGGCGGGCGCGGCGGGCGCGGGGCGCUCGCGGGGCGGCGUGUCGAGCGACGACAGCGCGGUGCCGCCGCCCGGCGGGGCGCCCCACUUCGGGCAGUACCGGGGCGCGGGCGGCGGAGGGCCCGCCAUGGGCUUGCGCAGCCGCUCCGUCAGCUCCGUGGCCGGCGUGGGCGUGGGGCUGGGCGUGGAGCCGGCGGCGCCCGGCAGCGUCCCCUUCGGGCUCUACACGGCCGCCUCGGCCGCCGCCGCCGCCGCCGGAGACUCCGAGCGGGGCCCGGGAGGCGGCGGCGGGUCGGGCGCGGACUCCACCCCGUAUGCCCAUGGCAACGGUUACCAGGAGACGGGAGGCGGUCACCACAGAGACGGGAUGCUCUACCUGGGCUCCAGGGCCUCGUUGGCCGAUGCGCUGCCUUUGCACCUCGGACCCCGGUGGUUUAGUUCGCACAGCGGUUUCAAGUGUCCCAUUUGCUCCAAAUCCGUGGCUUCCGAUGAAACGGAAAUGCACUUUAUCAUGUGUCUGAGCAAGCCCCGCCUCUCCUACAAUGACGAUGUGCUAACAAAGGAUGCAGGCGAGUGUGUGAUCUGCCUGGAAGAGCUCCUGCAGGGGGACACGAUAGCCCGGCUUCCCUGCCUGUGCAUUUACCACAAGAGCUGUAUAGAUUCCUGGUUUGAAGUGAACAGAUCCUGCCCGGAGCACCCUUCAGAUUGACCCUAGCAACGCUUGCAGAUCUCUCCCCAGGUAACCCCCCAUUCGUCCCUUCCUCCCCCUCCCAAACCUUUUCCAAACCAGCUCUGGAACCCUGCGGGACGGCCGCGUAGGGGAUUUUUGUGUUACUUCUCGACUUUAAAAGGGCAGACAAGACCCCAAAGAGAAGCCGCUGCCUUUGCAGAGCUGUCCCUUGGCAGCAGUCAGUCUCUAAGGGGGCGGGGGAUGAGGACCACCACAUGAGGUCCUUCGGACAUCCCCUCUUCAGCAGCGUCAUGAUGUUUGGUCCGGAUCCGGCUGCUAGCCAAACGGAGCACGAGAGAGCAUUGCCACCGCUUUGACAAGGAACUUUGGUCCUCCCACUCCACGCGGGUCACACUUUUGCACUGAAACGGUGAAUUUUUUUUUCUUCUCUUUUUUCCUUGGAACCAGGAAGAGAGACAGACCCCCUACCCCACCCACGCCUCCAAUCCCACCCGUAUCCUGAGGAGGAAAGGGCAUUUUUCUGUCUUGUUUUUUGAAGGCGUCGUAGGUUUGUCUUUCAAGUGUUUACAAAAAACAGCCAUUUCGUGUCAACUGAUGUGUGUUCCUGGUGAUGUUUACAAGACUGCGUCCUCUUGGCCUCCCCGCUGGAGCCAUUCGGCACCUGAGCAGCCGAAUCUCUUUUCCCACCCCUUGCCUUUUCCUGGGGACGCCACACCUCAUUGCCAAAAGUCCCCUGGUUUUUGUCCCUUCUCUCCUUAGAGAGUCUCGGUUUGAACUUCCCACUCCAGGGCGGUUGUGGGGGACAUCCUGAAGGGCUGUGGCCAUUCACAAGUGUCCUGCUAAGAUGCCUGAACCUCUCGCUCAGCCCUGUGGGGAAAAUGAACCUGGAUUGUAAAGUGGCACACACCCACACCCCGACCGCUCCCCCACAGCCUCGAUCCACGUUUGAGCACGAAGUGGAGAAUGUCAGCCAUGGGAAAACCCCUGCCGGCAGCCAUCAUCCUGCAGGGAAAGGUAUCUGUAUUUAUAUAGUUAAAAAACAAAACUUAACAAAAAUUACAAAAAAAACAAAAACUUUAAAGCUUGGGAAGGGAAGCUUCCCCUAUUAGUCAAGGUGUUUUGAUAUGGUAUUAAAUAAUGUUCAAUAAAAUAGUCACUGUUAUUUUA